CAAAACAAAUUCCAAUUUUCAUAUUAAAUUUUAGUCAGCUAAAACGCACCAUGAGCCUUCUAGCGGCUUUCCGAAACUGUGCACGUCGUUCUCCACGGUGGAUCCGUGUCACCUGCAACCAGCCACUGGUAAGUCCAGUAAGCCACCCGCCACAUGACAUUAAACACGGCGUCAACUUCAAUCCUCGGAGGCACCUUAGUUCAAUGAAUCCCAACGACUUCAUAGCGGCCUCUCUUAUCGAUUCCGUAACGUUUGAAACGGUUUGCUCCGACACACUGGAAUCGUUAUGCGACUACUUCGAACACCUGGUGGAGGAGGCGAGCUUUCUCAAAUCAGCUGAUAUCAUUUAUGGGGAUGGCGUACUGACGGUAAAUUUAGGGAAACCCUAUGGAACAUACGUAAUCAACAGACAGUCACCCAACAGGCAAAUUUGGCUUAGUUCUCCAACCAGUGGCCCCAAGCGGUAUGAUUUCAUCCCGGAAAAAUCGGCGAUCAACGAAGGCUACUGGGUUUACAAGCACGAUGGAGUUUCGCUGCAUGAGCUUUUGCAGGAGGAAAUUGGACACAUUGUGCAAAAAGAGGUGGACUUCCUGUCGCUUCCCCAUAGCAAACGAGUGAAAUAGUGUAGUAGAUACUCGAUCAUGUUUCACAAAGAUAGCUUUCAAUAGGGAUUUUCUUUUGUCAAACAAACGGAAAUUGAUAAGCAGUUGAUUUUUAAUAGAAAUAUACUAAGAUGACUGA